CCGUGUCUUAUCCCUCCACUCCUGAGCUCCUCCCAUUAGCCCAGAUUCCCCACACAUCUGGUUGCUUUGGGUUUUCUCCAAAGCUGAAAAACUGCAAAAGCCUAAGGGGGAAAGUGAGGUAGGGGGGCCGAGAGAAAGAAGAUAUGUGAAGAAAAAGGGAGUGGAAAAUGUUAUAAAAGCAGUGACAAGACAGAGAAAGAGGGAGCAAGGUAAGAAAAUAAUCAUCAUCAGCGGAAAACACAGGUCACAAUAUGGCGCUGUUCCACUUCUGCAAGACGCCCGCAGGACCAAUCAGAGUGACCAGAAUACAACUGGUCCUGUACUGUUUUCUCCUGUCUCUUAUCAUAUACUUCCUCUACGCACAUAAAGCCGCUGUCGGCGUGAAGUCACCUCAUCCUAUCUUUCGUGGUUUGGGAAAGGACAAGGGAAGAGUAAUGACAGACAUGACGGUCAUCAAGUCAACGACACCACAAACUCCUCUGGAGACACCGUGGGGUGCUCCUUUAGUGUGGGGUGACACCCGUAAGUCAGCUGGGCGCAGGGCGAAAUUCGCACAAGAGGACAUCCGUAUCGGUCUGCUGGCCGUCGUGGUGGGAAUCUACGCCAAGUUCGUGCAACGUUUCCUCUCUUCAGCUGAAAGCCACUUCCUCCCUGGUGAACAGGUCACCUACUACAUCCUCACGGACAAUCCCAACUCUCUGUAUCCCCCCAUCGAGUUGGGGCCUGAGCGACAGCUGAAGGUGAUUCCUAUCGCAGAGCUGCCUGGUUGGGACAGGUUGGCCCGUCGCCGGAUGACCCUGCUCGCCGACGCCAUCAGAAACCCGAUCAGCAGCGAGGUCGAGUACAUCUUCUGCGCUGACAUCGAUCAGGAGUUUCUGGCCCCCGUGGGGGAGGAAAUCCUGGGGGACCUGGUGGCCACGUUGCACCCUGAGCUCUACGGGAUGCCGCGAAAUACAUUUCCUUACGAAGUUGAGGAGGAUUCGUCAGCGUGCGUUGAGGAGGACGAGGGAGACUACUACUACACCUCAGAGCUGUACGGAGGGUUGGUUUCUGAGAUGAACAGACUGGCUCGAGCCUGUUCUCUGCUCAUUCUGGCGGACCAGGCCAACGGGGUGAUGGCCAGGGGCCUCGAGGAGAGCUACCUGAACCGCUACCUGAUCGAUAACAGGCCCACAUGUGUGCUUUCACCUGAGUACAGCUGGUGGGACUCGGCCUUGGCUCCAGAUGUGCCGGUACAGAGGCUGGUCUCUUUGGGAAGGAAAUCUGAGGCUUUAGAUAAGCAGUCAAAAUAAUCAGUGUAAAAUAACAACACAGUCUCACGGCAGUUCGUGAAAUAGACAUGAAAUUGAAUCUAUUUGAUUCAUGUACAUAGACACAAAUUUCCCUUUUUUUCGGACGCUCAGCAGGACUUUCAUCAACAUGUGACGCACAUCCCAUUUUCCGCUCCAGUCUUUUCAAAAUAAAACUACUAGUUAGGUUUAGGAAAAGAUCGACUUGGUCAGGUUUAGGCAACAAAACUACUUAGUUAGGUUUAGGAAAGAUCGACUUGGUCAGGUUUAGGCAACAAAAGUACUUAGUUAGGUUUAGGAAAGAUCGACUUGGUUAGGUUUAGGCAACAAAACUACUUAGUUACGUUUAGGAAAAGAUUGUGGUUUGGGUUAAAAGAACACCGGAAGUGUCGUAACUCGAGUACGGAAGUUACAUGCCAAAUAAAUCAACUUUGACUUCACACCGGACACGGACACUGGUCUCCUGGGUGAAAGACCCACCAAUCCACCCUGACCUCCUUCCUAUGUGGCAUUUGCCGCUCUUUAU